GUGUUUUUUUUCUCUCCUUCCCCCUGCUGCCUCACCUUUGAGCGCUAAUUAGCGCCACAUUUUGGACAGAGCGAUUAAGUGAAAGAAAAAAAAAUGUGAACCUUUCGAACAACUUCUGUUGUUUUGCUGCUUUGGAUCAUGUCUGCUCUCAGAGGUACCUCCGGCAACAAGCUGAAUUUAUUGGUCAACAAGCUUCAUGAAUAUUUGGCUCAUUCCUGCAUCGAGGACAGCAAUGGCUCCCCAGCAUCAGAGGCGUCUUAUGGUCAGAGAAACAAACGGUUCACUGUGGGGAACUCACCACAGGAUAAUGCUUCAGAGGCUGACAUGGACAGCAGAUACUCAAGGAGGAAACCUUCUGUCGUUGUGAAGCACUCAGGACUGGAUGAAUCUGGAGACUCGAACGCGAGUGAAGACUUUGGGCGACCUGUCAGCUCUAACGGACACCUGGAUGUCACCAGGUUGCCUAAAGGUACGGUGCUGGUCAGACCAGAACCAGUGGACAACGGAAGAGAUGAAUUCAGAGGGCCAGAAUUUCGCAGUCGCAAGCCAGGAGUUCUUCGGAAAGAGUUUACAAAGAAACGUUCAGGAGAGCAAAAUGUGGGAAUUGUUUGUUGCACUGCGUGUGGCCGACAAGUUAACCACUUCCGGAGAGAUUCCCUUUAUCAGCAUCCGGUUCUGAAAGUACUCAUCUGCAAGGCGUGUUACAAAUAUUACUCCAGCGAUGAUAUCAGCAAGGAUGGAGACGGCAUGGAUGAGCAGUGCAGGUGGUGUGCUGAAGGUGGCAACUUAAUCUGUUGUGACUACUGCAGCAAUGCUUUCUGCAAGAAAUGCAUCCUCAGAAACUUGGGAAGGAAGGAGCUCUCCGGCAUCUUAGAGAGCAAGUGGUACUGCUACGUGUGCAGCCCCGAGCCGCUCUUUGACCUGGUGAUGGCGUGCAACACUGUCCUGGAGAACGUAGAGCCUCUGUGGUCUCAGCAGCGGCGAAGGAGCCGAGCAGAGCCGGAGAAGUCGGAGCUGUACCAUACGAUGUUGCCGCACUCGCCUCAGAACAUUCCUCUGGAUAAGUGGGACCACAGUGGCAUGGACGGCAAUGUGAUCUUCAACUACAACAACCUGCAGGUUUCCAAGGAAAUCACCAAGAAGGCCAAACAUCUGGUUGAAUCCACAAAUGCCUUGAAUCAAACCUUCGUCAGUUUCAUUGAGACAGUAACGACAAGCAAGAAAGCGCCCAACAUCCGCUCCAUAUAUCUAAAAUCCUUCUUAGCCGUGGUCAAAGGCCUGAGAAAGUCUCUGACAGCCCUGGAGGAGAACCUGAAGGAGGAAUUCAGAGACCUGGACGUGGCAAGCAACUGGGAAAAGAUCCUAAACAACGACUGUAAUCUGACAAACGCAGACGUGGAGCUUGAUGUGUCUGAUGAAAAACGCUUGAGUAACUUGAAGAAACUGGCAGUUGAGCAAUUUGAAGACAAUGACUCUGAUUCCAAAGGUUACAUUGACCUGACGAUCACCAGCGACAGCUCUGAAAAGGAACUAGAGUUGUGUUCUCCGAGCUCUGACCUGAAGCCGUCUUCAAGUGACAUGGAUAUGUCUAAAAAACUCAUUGUACAACUCACACCUGUACCUGUGGAGCAGAAUCAAUCCGCAGAUGUCCUAAAGCUGGGGGACGACAUCCCAGAGAAGGAAAACAAAACUGAGAAGGAACUCACAGAGGAUCAGGAAGCGCAAGUUGCAAGUCCAAAAGACAAGAAACGGAUGUGCUUUGAUGCCUCCGCCACACCUCUCUUCCUGAAGGAGAAGCAAGGCAACAGACGAUCCCCUCGUUUAAAGACCACUCCUCUGAGGCGACAGAGUGACAUCAUAGCCAAACCGUCCCUCUCCGGGGGAGACAGCGAGAGUGACUCUGACCCUGAGGAGACCCCUGACGCUGUACCUGUCGCCAGCAACGACGAGCAAAAUCUGAGCAGGUCGAGAGACGAUUCAGAUUCAGAUGAAGUCCCCGCCGCCCUCCUGGAAAGAGCGGCGAUGACGCAGAGCUCCGACGAACCUCAGAGCGACGAAGAGGCGAGCCAGGCGCCGCCCGAGAAGGUGGCCAAGAAGUGUCUGUUCUGGCUGACCAAGAACAGCCCCAUGUCGCCUGAGAAGCUACGGCGCAAACGUAAGAUGAUGGACCGCUCCUCUGAGUCCGAGUCGGGCGGCAGGGGGGUUAAAGCCAGACAGGAGAGCGGGACAGAUUCCUCGAGCGACGACCAAGAUUCUCAGAAGGAAAUACAUAACUUGAACACGGUGAGGACUAUCGGGAAGCCUCACCUCAUGAGGAGAGAAGAGGAGGGGGGAACCAGAAAGCAGAAGACCAUGGAGGCCACCAAGUCUAAAGGGAAAUCUCAUCAGGACAUGAGCGACUCAUCGUCGUCAUUGAGCGACGACGAACAGGAGUACGACUCGGGGAGUGACAUCAGCGACCAGAAGAUGAAGCCCAUCACAGAAAACGUGGCCUCGCUCGGAGGAGCAGAGUUCCAGCAGUCAUCAGGAGAUGAGGAGCAGUCUGGGCCCUCAUGGGCAGCAGAAGACGACGAAGAUCCUGAAAAUAGAAUCGCUAAGCAAUUGCUAUUGGCCCAAAUAAAAGCCAACCUCUCUUCGGAUGAGGACAUUUCUUCUGAAGGGGAAACUCAGGAGGAUCAGUCUGAUUCAGAGGGCAACGGCGAACCGAGCCAAGGCUCUGAGGAGAAUCCAGCCAAUGAAGACGGAGAAGACCUGGUUUCAGAGUCCACAGACGGCAAACUUGAUGAGCCAAAGUCCAGGCACCAUCUGCUCCGCCACAAACUCACAUUAGAUGAGGGAGCUUCAGAUGACAAGGCAGAACCUGAGGGGGGAGUAGAGACGGAGAAGAUUAGUAGAAGGACCAGAAGGACACAUCUGUUUUCUGGGAGUGAAACUUGUAGCGAAGGUAGUGGAGAGAUGCAGAUGAGCGAGGUGCUGAGUGAGUCAGACGAAGAGGCUGCUGACGAUGGGCUCCACAGAUCUGAAGCAGAAGAUGAGGAAUUAGCCUUUAGUUCGGAAGCAAAGAAUCAACCGUUCUGCAUUCUGUUGUCUGACUCCAGCAUUGAAGAGGAGAGCGACAAAGAGGAUGGAGGCGAGGAGACCAGUGAAAGUAGAGGAACCCCUAAAGGACGCAGAAAGAUCCGCAGAAUCAUCGAGGAUGAAAACCUCCGCGCUGAAACCCAGGAGGCCCUCAGAGAGGAGGAGGAGAGACGGAAGCGCCUGGCUGACAGAGUGCAACAGAUGGAGGACUGGAAAGAGAUAACAGUGAUCCCAGAUGAACUGUCUCAGGUGGACUGUCCCAUCACCACCAAGCUGGUCCUGGACCAGGAUGAGGAGACCAAGCUGCCGCUGGUUCAGGUCCACAGGAACCUGGUGACGCACCUGAAGCCUCACCAGGUGGACGGUGUGAAGUUCAUAUGGGACAGCUGCUGUGAGUCUGUGGAGAAGGCCAACUCUUCCCCCGGAUCAGGAUGCAUCUUGGCACACUGCAUGGGUCUGGGAAAGACUCUGCAGGUGGUGGCGUUCCUUAACACGGUGCUGCUCUCAUCAAAGCUGACCUUCAGAACCGCCUUGGUGGUUUGUCCGCUCAACACGAUCCUCAACUGGGUCAGCGAGUUCAAGAAAUGGCAGCACAAUCUGGGGGAGAAUAAAGUCCGGGUUUUAGAACUGGCCACGGUCAAGGAUCAUCUGAACCGACUCAACGCUCUGCAGAGGUGGCAGAGGGAGGGAGGAGUUAUGAUCAUGGGGUAUGAGAUGUACCGCCUCCUGACGCAGAACACUCCAGUCCUACGCCAGAAGCUGAGGAGCGCCUUAGUAGAUCCAGGUCCGGACUUUGUCAUUUGUGACGAGGGUCACAUCCUUCGCAAUGAAACCUCGAAGAUCUCCCAGACCAUGAACGCCAUUAAGACCCGGAGGAGAGUGGUUCUGACGGGCACCCCUCUGCAGAACAACCUGGUAGAGUACCACUGCAUGGUGAAUUUCAUCAAAAAGAACCUCCUGGGCUCCCUGAACGAGUUUAGAAACCGCUUCAUCAACCCCAUCCAGAACGGCCAGUGUGCUGACUCCACCCCCAGAGACGUCCGCAUCAUGAAGAAGCGUGCCCAUGUUCUCCACUCCGUUUUGGCCGGAUGCGUUCAGAGAAGAGAUUACUCUGAGCUGACUACGUUUCUGCCUCCCAAACACGAGUACGUGCUGUUAGUGAGGAUCUCCACGCUUCAGCAUAAGCUGUACCUCUACUACCUCGACCAUGUGGUGUCUAAGCACAUGUUGGCUGCUGAAGACUCCAUGAAAGGGAAAACCAAAACCAGCGCCAACGUGUUCACAGAUUUUCAGGUCCUGGGCAGAAUUUGGUCUCAUCCAUGGUGCCUCCACCUCAGCAGCCUCAGCAAAGACAACAUGAAGCAGAGACAUUUCCAGAAGAACGAAGGGAAAGAAGUGAAUAAGAACGGAACCAUAGCCAUUUCUACAGUUGAACCCCAGACCGAGCCGCCGGUGGGAGGACAUGAAGCAUCCAGCAGCUCGGGUCCUCGGCGUCCUGCUCAGGCCUGGUACAAACAUCUGCUGUCUGAAGGCGACGCCACAAUCAUGGAGCAUUCUGGAAAAAUGGUUCUUCUGUUUGAAAUCCUCCGAAUGGCCGAAGACCUGGGCGAUAAAGUGUAUGUUUUAGAAAAAAGUAGCCGGAGCCGUUCUGGUUAUUUGUUUAAGUGCUGAACCCUUCUAAGGUUC